CUAAGACAACUGACACAACACCAAAUCUGUUGCCAAUCAACUUUGCUUAUCUUUCAAGAAUCUUGAAGACAUCACAAACACAACAAUGCUCAUUUACAUCAUCAACUUCAACUGAAACAACGAAGAAACAAUUAAACAUACUCUAAUGGAGAACUCUGCACUAAAGAUUUUUGUGUUAAGCUUUUUCUUUGUCAUAACCAUUAUUGUUGCCCAAAAUCAACCAAUACUAACCACUUUAGAAGGCCCAUUUGAGCCUGUAACUCGUCGUUUUGAUCCUUCUUUACGUACAGGCAGUGAUGACUUGCCUAUGGAUCAUCCAAGGCUGAAGAAGAAUGUUACUUCUAUUUUCCCAGAACAGAUAGCUCUUGCUAUCUCUUCACCUACUUCAAUGUGGGUUUCUUGGGUUACUGGGGAUGCCCAGAUUGGGUCUAAUGUGACUGCUCUUGAUCCUUCAUCUGUUGCGAGUGAGGUGUUGUAUGGGAAAAGAAGUGGAGAAUAUACAAGUAAACGUAGUGGCAAUGCAAGUGUUUAUAGCCAAUUGUAUCCAUUUGAGGGCCUCUUGAAUUAUACCUCCGGCAUCAUUCACCAUGUGCGGAUUGAUGAUCUUGAACCUGGAACAAAAUAUUAUUUCAAGUGUGGGGAUAGCAAAUUUCCAGCUAUGAGUGAAGAGCAUGUCUUUGAAACUUUACCAUUGCCUAGCCCAACUUUAUAUCCUCGCCGAAUAGGAGUUAUUGGAGAUCUAGGGCUCACCAGCAAUUCGUCAACAACUAUCGAUCAUCUGACCCAGAAUGAUCCCUCAUUGAUCUUAAUGGUGGGAGACUUAACUUAUGCAAAUCAGUACCUUACAACCGGUGGGAAAGGAGCUUCUUGUUACUCAUGUUCAUUCCCAAAUGCACCUAUUAGAGAGACAUAUCAACCCCGGUGGGAUGGAUGGGGAAGGUUCAUGGAGCCAUUGAUCUCAAGAGUUCCUAUGAUGGUCGUUGAAGGCAAUCAUGAGAUAGAGCCUCAAGUUUCUGGAAUCACUUUCAAAUCUUAUUUGACCCGAUUUGCUGUUCCGUCAGAAGAGAGUGAUUCUCACAGUAACUUCUACUACUCUUUUGAUGCUGGAGGGAUACAUUUCAUCAUGUUAGGAGCAUAUGUCGAUUACAAUAGCACUGGAGCUCAGUAUGAUUGGCUAAAGGAAGAUCUACAUAAAGUAGACCGGGAUCUGACCCCUUGGCUGGUAGCUGCAUGGCAUCCACCUUGGUAUAAUAGCUAUUCUUCACACUAUCAAGAAUUUGAAUGCAUGAGGCAAGAAAUGGAAGAACUUCUGUAUCAAAAUGGUGUUGACAUUGUUUUCUCUGGUCAUGUUCAUGCUUAUGAGCGGAUGAAUAGAGUUUAUAAUUAUACAUUGGAUCCUUGUGGACCUGUUUACAUAACAGUUGGAGAUGGUGGAAAUAUUGAGAAAAUUGAUGUUGAUUUUGCGGAUGACCCUGGAAAGUGUCCCUCAGCUAAAGAUAACAUACCAGAAUUUGGGAACAUAUGUCAUUUGAAUUUCUCUUCAGGUCCUGCUAAAGGAAACUUUUGCUGGAGCAAACAGCCGGAAUGGAGUGCAUUGAGAGAAAGCAGCUUUGGACAUGGAAUACUUGAGGUAGUAAAUUCAACGUAUGCAUUAUGGACCUGGCACAGAAAUCAGGAUAUUUACAAGGAAGAUAGUCAUGGUGACCAAAUCUAUAUUGUGAGACAGCCAGAACUGUGCUCUGCCUCCACCUCUAAAAGGGAGCAACCUGAAACAACUAGGAGCUCAAACAGUGAAGCAGCAGCUAUAUCAGGAAAAUGUAAGUGGAUACUGUCAAUAAUAUUAUUCAUAAUGGCUGUCAAUAUCAUUGCUGUAAAAUGAUAUUAAAUAUGCAUGUAAUUGUGCUGAUUAAAUUUCUCUUCUUCACUGUAUAUAAUUCUUGCCAAG